CUCGACCCAGAAAUCAACAAUGCAAUGCGCAAGGCGCCUUUUCAGCUGGCUUUCACGAGGCACGCAGUUCCAAAUCCUUUCCGAUCUCCACCUUGAAGUUGGACAGCAAUACGACACUUACCAAAUUCCGCCUUGCGCACCAUACUUGAUCCUUGCUGGUGAUAUAGGCCGUCUGCUAGAUUAUGAAGGUUACCUGGCCUUUCUCACCCGUCAUGUCAGCCAGUUUCUAUCGAUCUUUCUUGUCCUUUGAAACCACGAGUUUUACGGCCUUACACUUGAAGAUGGACUAGAACGAGCCCAGAAGCUAGCAAGAGAGCAGGCGCUUUGCAGUAAAGUUAUUCUUCUACAUCGGACAAGGCAUGAUCUUGCGGAGCUUGGUGUAAUCAUUCUGGGAUGCACACUAUGAUCUGCUAUUCCUCGGGAGGCAGAAGACAUCGUGACAGCUUCCUUCAAUGACUUUAGGCGGAUUGUCGGGUGGGAUCAUCACUCGAGAGAAAUCGGGAGACAAUGAAAGGAGACGGAUCCUCAUGGUGACACAUUAUGCGCCAUGCAUUGAGGGUACUUCCCAUCCAGAGCAUGCAGCAUCGAAUUGCAAUUCGGCCUUCGCUACUGACAUACUCGAUAACGAUAAUGAUGGUUGGAGUAGAGUACAUACAUGGGUGUUCGGACAUACACAUUACAACACAGCCUUUACACGGAGUGGAACUUACAUUGUCUUGAAUCCGAGGGGAUACGUACUUGAUCCAGCGAAAGAGAAUGCUCCCUUAAAGAAAGGACAGAAGAAGAGAGGACAGAAGAAAAUGCGUAGUUUUGACCCUAAAAGGGUCAUUGCGCUAUAAUCGAACAUAUAUGCAGUGAAAGAGGCAUGCUAGCAUGAUCACAACAACUGGUACUUGGGGUUGGCUUUUACUUAAUGAUCGCGUAAAAGUUUCUUCCUAUUUGCUCGUACAUAGAUACUGUAAUGUAUAGUAACUGAUCCUGAGUACAGAACCUCUCCUAUCCCAAAAUUACAAGCUGCCAGUCUUUCUCGGCCAAACGAGAAUCCUCCUCCGUGUGAAGGUUGCUUGCACUUUGUUAAUGCCGUCAAUUUCCACCUUAACUUAACAAUUUCUAUCCUGAAUAGCACUGAAGGCUGGCCGGAACACAACGACAUUGCUAGAACGUAAUCAGCUUCCUGCCUUGAAGAACAGAUCUCACCCGUUGCUGUACGUUCUCAAACCUUAUAAAGGCACAUGUCUCACUUUCCAGAUGGUUAAAUAAUCCAGCAAGUUAAACAAACUCCUUCCCACACUUCGCGUUCGAGUUCGGGAAAUGAUACACCUUCUGCUUAUGCACUGGGGAACUAAGAUGCGCAUUUAGAGCAUUAUUAGUGUUAAAGGUCUUGUGGCACAGAUAGCACUCCCAAUGAGAACCAUUAAAUGCAUGCUUGGUAGCGGAGUAUUUGACGUUUUCAUCCUGAUGCCAUUCAAUUUGCUUCUUGGUGAUGGUA